GAGUGAGCUUCCUCAGCAUGUUAUCCAUAUCGUUGGGAGAAUCUGUAGUUGGAAAGGGAGUUGAGUGACUACUGGACUUUGUAUGAAAACAUCAACUUGGAACAGACCUUCACUGAAGGCUGAGAUAAAGAUAGGAGUAUAUAAUUUGGCCUUGCCUUUAACUUGAACUAUGAAUGCCUCUACAGCUAGGGCAAGUCCUAGAGAAGAGACUGGGGGUGCCCUAAAACCUGGAACCAGUGACAUUGCCAAUGCUAUAGUAAAGACUAAGUCUCAGACCAAGGCAGUGAUUGAGGAUGAACCAAAAGCAGAAUUAGUGAACCAUGCAAAGAGUGGAGAUAUAGCAAUGACCAGGACACAGAUAGUGAUUUGCAGUGAGCCUGUGGCUAUAACAUGGGAAAUGAGCCAAAGAGAAGAUAUGACUAAUAGAGUCAUAGUUCAGACUAAAGCAGAACUCCUGACAGAACCUGGUAUAUUAUCCAAAACCAAGUCAGAGUCCAUGCCUGUGUCUAGGGUCAUCACUUUAACCAAGUCUAAAGUCAAAGGUGGCAGUGGCAGUGAGAUAUAUAUCAGGUCUUGUGCCAAGGCUAAUGAUAAGGCUAAUAUUGGUUGUAGCUCUGAAAUAAAGGAAGUGGCUACCAUCAAGUCCAGGGUUGGGGACAAAACUACUAGUGUCAUUAAAUCCACUGAUGAGGAUGAAGAAAAUGUGUGCUCCUGGUUUUGGACUGGAGAAGAGCCCAGUGUAGGUUCCUGGUUUUGGCCUAAAGAAGAAACUCCUCCUCAGAUUUAUAAGCCUCCACCUAAGAUUCAGGAAAAGCCCAAGCUCUCACACAAAUGCAAAUUUACUUUAAAACAAAAAGCAACAGCUUGGGCAAGGGCCAGGUAUAUUGUUCUAGUGCCAAUUGAGGGAGGGGAACAAUCCUUGCCUCCAGAUGGGAAUUGGACCCUGGUUGCAACCUUAAUUGAAACCCCCCUUGGAAUUCGGCCUCUGACAAAGAUUCCAUCUUACGAUGGACCUUACUUUCAGACUUUAGCUGAGAUAAAAAACCAAAUUAUGCAAAGAGAAAAGUAUGGGCCUAAUCCAAGGGCCUGCCGCUGUAAAUCACGUGGCUUUAGUUUAGAGCCUAAAGAAUUUGAUAAACUUGUUGCCUUACUUAAGUUAACUAAAGAUCCUUUCAUUCAUGAAAUAGCUACAAUGGUAAUGGGCAUCAGUCCUGCUUAUCCAUUUACUCAAGAUAUAAUUCAUGAUGUUGGUAUUACUGUCAUGAUUGAAAACUUAGUCAAUGAUCCCAAUGGUAUAAAUCACACUAAAACUUUAAGUACAGUAAAUAAUAGCUCUGAUUCUUCUCAAGAUCUAAAAGAGAAUGAAGCAUAUAUACAUCAAAUUUGUAAGAACAUAUUCUCUUAUUCUUUGAACGCUCCUGUGCAAAUGACUGAACUACAAUUAUUAGAGAACCUGAGUGUAAAAUUUGAGACUCACCACAUUAUUGCCAGUUACAUUCCAGAUUUCCUCACAUUGAUAAACAAAGGAAGUGUCAAAACCAAGUUUUAUGUUUUGAAAGUAUUUUUGUACUUGUCAAAAAAUCAAAGCAAUAUAAGAAAACUGAUCAGUGCUGAAGUACUAUCAUCAUUGGUUGUACUCUUCAACAAGAAUGAGUCAAAGGCUAAUAUUUUUAAUGUCAUUGAAAUAUUUGAGAAUAUAAAUUUCCACUUCAAAAAAAGGACAAAACUGUUUACCAAGGAAAAGUUCACUAAAUAUGAACUUAUUUCCAUAUUUCAUGAAGCAAAAGAGUUUGGUCAGAAACUCCAAGACUUAGCAGAGCACAGUGACCCUGAAGUGAAAGAGAAAGUUAUACGAUUAAUACUCAAACUUUAAAUAACUAUAUCUUUUCACAAAGCCUUGAACUUUUUUGUGCUUGUAAUAUGAAUCCAGUGAAUAUUAAGUAAAUGUUUGGCACUUAGACUCUGUUGAUUAAAGGAGACAAUUUUAUGGAUGCCCAUCAUCUUGAGAGCUUAACAUUUGUUGCUUUUUAUUGUGCUAUAUAUAAUAUAAAUUAAAGUAUUUUAAUAUUCCUGUAAUGAACAUGACAAUGAACCUCUUUAUGCUGGAUAAGCUAUAUUUCUGUGCUUCACAUUAAUAUAAAUGUAGUUUCAUAUUUUAUUUACAUGUCUUUUAAUAAAGUUGCAUACUAAAACUGGU